AUGGAAUUGACCCCAACCCUGCCUCACACCACACCACGCCACACCAAUAGCACCCACCCAGCCACCUUCACCAUGUCCAUGUCUUUCCCCACAGACCACACUGCCCGUGAACGGCAUACAGUAUUUCCUAGGGGAAGGAUACUGUAGGAUAGAAUCGGUAGAAUUUCAGAUUUCCCUAAGUUUCCAUGAAGCUACAACCAUGGUGAACCAUUGUGAAGGGUGAUAUCUUUAGAUUUUCCAUUUCUUUCCUAGACAAUGAUUAAUAAACCACUAAUAUGUGAUUAACAUAAUCUCCAACACUAAAAGGCUUCUGUAAAAUGAAAUUAAAAAGUAAUCUAUGGAAACUGAAUGUGUCAGUCUUGACUUUAAUCAGUACCCAGUACUCUCUGAAGAUCCACCUCAUAUUAAACCAUCGUACUGAUGCAUGCUCUCAAUAGAAACUCACACACAGCUCAAUGCUCCUCCUGACUCAUAUCUUUCUGUCAAAUAGUCAAUACAAUUCAUUCCACUGCUGUCAUCCCUUUGUCCUGACCAGAACAACUGGAUCGUGUUGAAGAUGGCAUGAACCAUAUUAACCAAGACAUGAAGGAGGCCGAGAAAAGUUUAAAAGAUUUAGGGAACUGCUGUGGCCUUUUCAUAUGUCCCUGUAACAAGUAGGUACUGACCCAACGAGCCCAAAGGUUCUUCACUAUGUGUUGGCGUCCAGUUUUUUUUUCUUUCGUCACAGUGAGUGUCUGAAUCUGUUGUCUCCUCUGCUUUGUCUUCUCUCCUCCUUUCUCUCCUCCUUCCUUUCUUUCUUUCUUUUUUCCUUUUCUUCUCACGUGCUUCGUUCUGUGGGGGAUAAAUUACUUGUGUUUAAUCAGAGCAAAUGGAGCGCAUCGAGGAGGGAAUGGACCAAAUCAAUAAGGACAUGAAGGAUGCAGAAAAGAAUUUGAACGAUCUAGGAGCAUUCUGUGGUCUUUGCUCCUGUCCAUGUAAC